UGCGGGGGAAGCCACAUGUAUGUCCGCUGCAUCAGAUCAUGGCACUUCCGUGGUCACAUCCAUUGCUCUCUAUGUCCUUUAUCCGCACCGAAGGGAUUUACUCUUGAGCGUCUGAAUGUGUCAUAUGUAUGUACACACACUGCUGUGGUCACUGGUUGGACUGCUGUUGCGGGGAGUAGGUUGAACAGUAGCUCUGGACGCUGUAACACACUGGGGCUGCUGUGGAGGUCAGUGGCUGCUACAUGCCGGUUUGUCCCCAGGAGGAACAGGAGGAUCUACUUGGGCGCUACUCCAGUUGCCCCAGUGAUCGCCAUGCCUCAGUCAAAGUCUGCAGACAUGGGCUCUGCCUUCAUCCAGACACAGCAGCUGAAUGCUGCUAUGGCAGACACUUUCCUGGAACACAUGUGCCUGCUGGACAUUGACUCUGAGCCCACCACUGCACGCAACACCGGCAUCAUCUGCACCAUCGGACCAGCUUCCCGUUCUGUUGACAUGCUGAAGGAGAUGAUCAAGUCUGGAAUGAACAUUGCUCGCUUGAACUUUUCCCAUGGAUCACACGAGUAUCACUCAGAGACUAUCAAGAAUAUACGUGAGGCGUGUGAAAGUUUCGAGCCUGGCAGCAUCCAGUACAGACCUAUUGGCAUUGCCCUGGACACCAAGGGACCGGAGAUCAGGACAGGCCUCAUCCAGGGAAGUGGCACAGCUGAGGUGGAGCUGAAGAAAGGUAACAUGAUCAAGUUAACCCUGGAUGACGCUUAUCAGGAUAACUGUGGUGAAGAGAUCCUGUGGCUCGACUACAAGAACAUUACCAAUGUGGUGGAGAUUGGCAGCAAGAUCUACAUUGAUGACGGACUCAUUUCCCUGCAGGUCAAGGAGAUUGGUUCUGAUUUCCUCAUGUGCGAGAUCGAGAAUGGUGGCACCCUGGGCAGCAAAAAGGGAGUGAACCUCCCCGGGGCAGCUGUGGACCUGCCUGCUGUUUCAGAAAAGGACAUCAAGGACCUGCAGUUUGGAGUGCAGCAGGGAGUUGACAUGGUUUUCGCUUCCUUCAUUCGUAAAGCAGCAGACGUACAUGCUGUCAGAGCAGUGCUGGGAGAGAAGGGAAAAGACAUCAAGAUCAUCAGCAAACUUGAGAAUCAUGAGGGUGUGCGCAGGUUUGAUGAGAUCAUGGAGGCUAGUGAUGGUAUCAUGGUUGCCCGUGGUGAUCUGGGUAUUGAGAUCCCAACAGAAAAGGUCUUCCUAGCCCAGAAGAUGAUGAUUGGUCGCUGCAACAGAGCUGGAAAGCCAAUUACAUGUGCCACUCAGAUGUUGGAGAGCAUGAUCAAGAAGCCCAGACCCACCCGUGCAGAGGGCAGUGAUGUCGCCAACGCUGUGUUGGAUGGAGCGGACUGCAUCAUGCUGAGCGGAGAGACUGCCAAGGGAGACUAUCCUCUGGAGGCAGUACGCACACAACACAUGAUUGCUCGUGAAGCCGAGGCAGCCAUGUUCCAUCGGCAGGUGUUUGAGGACCUGCGUCGCUCCACGCCGCACUGCAAAGACCCCGCUGAGGCCAUUGCAAUCGGCGCUGUCGAAGCAUCCUUUAAGAGCUUAGCCUCAGCAAUAAUUGUGCUCACUGGCUCUGGAAGGUCUGCCCACCUGAUUUCCAGGUACAGGCCCCGUGCCCCCAUCCUCGCUGUCACCCGUAACGCCCAGACAGCUCGCCAAGCCCACCUGUACCGCGGCAUCUUCCCAGUCCUGUACACCAAGCCUGCCCACGAUGUGUGGGCAGAGGAUGUCGACAUGCGUGUCAACUUUGCCAUGGAUAUGGGCAAGGUCCGAGGCUUCUUUAAGGAGGGAGAUGUGGUGAUCGUUUUGACGGGCUGGCGUCCAGGCUCCGGUUACACCAAUACCAUGCGUGUGGUUCUGGUGGCCUGAAAAGCCAACGGGGCUGCUCUGCUUUCUCCCUUCACCUUCAUCUAUCUUUCAUAGCCCUUCAUCACACACUCUACUCUACAGCCCUUUCCCUAGUUUCAUGUUCACAGACUCAACCUUUGAACAACUUAGCAUAACUGAAAUUAAAAACAAAAAAAAGUGUAAGAAUAGAGUAUAGCCUCCUUGGCCCGAGAGUUUUGGGUGAAGUGGAGGUUUGUUCUGUAUAACUCCACACCGUCUCCAUUCCUUUCACGUUGGUUCUCAAUCAGACCAGUCUUCAGGGCCUCAGAAUUAAAACACCCUGACCAGAAACUGCUGUAUUUAUUCACUCAGACACCUGUAUUAUAAGAGUGAAUCCUGGUCUGUGUGCAUGCGCAUACUGGCUCUGUUUAGGUGGGGGAGGUGGCGGUUUCAGGCUGACGACGACGACAGAGCACCCUGAGUACCGGAACAGAUGUACUAAUCAAACCCCUCUGCCGAUUUAGCGAACAAACACUGGCAUCCGCAAUCAAAGGGCUCCUCCGACAGCUCAGCCUCAGCUCCACCUCUCCACCCAAACCAGCCUUUUUGUAGUGCAGUCUGUCUAAAGUGUCCUCUCUUAAUGCCAGCUUUCACUGUAUUUAAGUGUAUCUGAGUGUUGCACUCCUGAUCUACUCCAGACAAUGUUACAUUCUAUAUUAUUACUUGACUCUCGGAUGGUGAAAUGUCUGUGGGACAUCCAAUGCUACUUAUAUUUUGUCUAACUAUAGAGAAACAGUUUUGGAUGUCCACUUAAAGAGGUGUUUGAGCCAGUUACUGUAUUUGUGUUGUUAGAUGUGUCAUAAAGCCUUUACAUUUAUUUGAAUUUGGAUCAUAUCUAGGUUGGAAUUUACGAAUCCUGUAUGGUUCACUGAAAUUGACUGAUAUGAAUGAGCACUUUCAGGGUUUUCUCACAGCGGAUUCAAGCAGGGAUGAAGCUCUGUGCACUUGUCUGUUUCCUUUGUGUUGCUGACCCGCUGUAGAUGUCUUUUUGUGUCUAACAUGCUUUUGACUGUAACGCUUGAGUGUAUGAACUAAAUGUAAAGGGGUAAUAUAAUGUUUAGCUGGUGUACUGAGCUGUCCUAUUAGACUGGAUUUCCAUCAAUAAAAGAGAUGAGCACCACGUU